GGCCUGUUUCCGGUUGUUGAAAAAUGGCGGCCAUGUUCCAAGUCACUCCAAGGCUGAAAAAAGCAGUGAUCCUCAUUAACGAUGUAGACAGCGCAAGAUUCCCUCUCCUUUUGAACAGAAUUAUACAAAAAUUACAUUUGAGGGAUGAAAAAGCAUUUUCUGCUGAAGAGGAGGAAAAGCUGCAAGCUGGUUUGUCUCUGAGUGUUGAUGACCUCCAUAUAGUUUUAGAAACAUGUUCCUUUAUAUUUGAACAGGCAGCCUACCAUAGUGCAAAGCCUGGAAUUUUGCAGCAGCAGUUGAAAAAUAUUGAACUUGACGAUGAUAAAAUCAACUCAGUCAUAGAGAUCUGGGCUGGACAUAGUAAAGCAGUUAUAGGGAAACUAAGACAAAGAAGUUUAGCACCAAAACAGCUUGAUGGAAUCAACUGGAGAUUAAAUCUUCAAAUGGCUCAAGCAAAUAAAGCAAAAAUGAAAGUUCCUAAUGCUUUAUUUGAAUUCCAACUUUCAUCCUCUGGAGAGAAAAGUGAAAAACUUCAGAUGGAAUUCACACAUGAAGAGUUGUAUGCCUUUUAUAGUCAGCUUGAAACAAUUCAAAGCCAGUUAGAUGCUCUUGGAUAAAACAUCACAGGGUGAAACUAGGGGGGGGGGGUGCAUACCAACUACAGAAACCUUUCUGGUCAUUGAUCUUUAUAAUAGUUUCAAUGGUGUGCACCCCCCUUCCCCUAUUCCUAUGGAAAUAGUAAUAAACAAAUGAUAUAUUUUUUGUAUAUAAAUCUAUUAUGAAAUUAUGUAGUUAGACUUCACGUGUAUGUAAUAUUUCAGCGAUCUCAUAUUGUCAGAAUGAAAGCAAUGUCAUUGUAAAGUUUAUUAGCGUGUAAUGUAGGAAAUUCAAUACCAUUUAGAUUUUAAGUCUGUAAUUAAAACUAGUUGAAAAAAGUCAACAAACAACAACCAAUAAUAAACAAAUUCCUUUAUUUCUUAUUGAAUUUAUUUUCAUUAAUGAUAGUUUUUAUAAACCUGUGAAAAAGUGUAUUUACUGUGUCUAAUUCAUUCUUUCAGACUGCAGACUUGAAAUAAAAACAGAAAUUAAGAGUAACGGUACUAUAAAAUACAAAAUCAUACUUCACAGGUCUAUGUAAAACUUUUCAUUUUUUUCAAGUAUUUCUUAUAUAUUUUCAUUCUUGAUAAUUUUGAACAUUUUCUUAUACCAACUCAAUUAUAUGUCAAUCUAAAAUAAUCAACUAACUAUACUUUCUCUAAGCAAAUAAAAAAUAUUACUAGAAAACAAACUAUACACGAAUUAUGUACAACACAAUUUGCCAUGGAUGCAAAUAAUACAUUUGAAAAUAUACAUAUUACAUGAAGCUGUAAUGUUACUUGAUAGAAAUAACUUUCUAUUCCCUCAAAUAGAAUAUUGAAUAAAGAAGUGCUUGUAAAG